GCGGGGCGCGUUCACGUGAAGGGGGCUCUGGGAUGGGACCCCGCGGCCGGAGAGGUGGCCGGAAAGUUAAAGGGGGCAGCGCGGCCGCGGGCGGCGCGAGUCCUGGUGCGACCUGAGCCCGUUCCCACUGCUGCCGUCGCGGCCGCUGCCCCGUCCCCCUGCGCGGAUGCCGCCCCGGGACUUGGGAGCCGCACCGGGUUCUAGCCUAUUCAUCUAGCCCCAUGAUGGCAGUGGACAUAGAAUACAGAUACAACUGCAUGGCCCCUUCCUUGCGCCGAGAGAGGUUUGCCUUCAAGAUCUCGCCAAAGCCAAGCAAACCCCUGAGACCUUGUAUUCAGCUGGGCAGCAAGAAAGAAGCCAGCGGCAUGGUGGCCCCAGCCGUCCAGGAGAAGAAGGUGAAAAAGCGGGUGUCCUUCGCGGACAACCAAGGACUGGCCCUGACAAUGGUCAAAGUGUUCUCCGAGUUCGAUGACCCGUUAGAUAUCCCGUUCAACAUCACCGAGCUCCUGGACAACAUCGUGAGCUUGACGACAGCAGAGAGCGAGAGCUUUGUUCUAGACUUUUCCCAGCCUGCCGCAGAUUACUUGGACUUCAGAAAUCGGCUGCAGGCCGACCACGUGUGCCUCGAGAACUGCGUGCUGAAGGACAGGGCCAUCGCGGGCACCGUGAAGGUUCAGAACCUUGCGUUUGAGAAGAGCGUGAAGAUAAGGAUGACGUUUGACACUUGGAAAAGCUUCACAGACUUUCCUUGUCGGUACGUGAAGGACACUUACGCUGGGUCGGACAGGGACACGUUCUCCUUUGACAUUGGCUUGCCGGAGAAGAUUCAGUCUUACGAAAGAAUGGAGUUCGCCGUGUGCUACGAGUGCAACGGCCAGACGCACUGGGACAGCAACAGAGGCAAGAACUACAGGAUCAUCCGGGCCGAGUUAAAAUCCGCUCAGGGCCCGGCCCAGCCACCCAACGGACCAGAUUUGGGGAUAUCCUUUGACCAGUUUGGAAGCCCUCGGUGUUCCUACGGUCUGUUUCCAGAGUGGCCUAGUUACUUAGGAUACGAAAAGCUAGGGCCCUAUUACUAGGGACUGCAGGUGACAGAGCGUGGCAGAGCUGCUGCAGGCAAGCCGGGCUCCACUCACCGAGGGACGCAGACGGGCGCCAAGAGAAGAAUAAAGCGGAACUGCCGUUAGGCACAGGUUUGGAAAAGGAAGGAUCCUGUUCACUUUUCUCUUAAACCAGCAAAUCCAGCCGGGUUCAGAUCACAGAACCGGUCUCGCACUCAGAGCAGAGGUGGUGUGUGCUGGUCCGCUUUGGCACCGUGGCAACCAGGAGGGUGUGAGCAGGAUGGUUCCAGAAAGAAUCUGGAUGGGGACCAAGCCUGCGCCAGUGCCUGAGGGGCUGGAGGAGCCAGAUCUCUCCUCUCCCGUCGGAUGUGGAACAUGAGUCACCCCGAAGUCGCUGAGCCCCCGGCCACCUCCCAGCAGACCCUCACUGUUCGUCUUUGAGUGCCAUCCGCCAGCCAGGCCUUUCCUGCACGUUGCUGCUCUUCCACGUCUGCACCUACUUCACAUUUCAUCUCUGUGCUGCGACACGCUGACCCGAUGUUGCACAUUUCUGAUGCAGCUACAGAACAGAGACGGGAGCUGCUCCUUUUAUUUUGCAAAUUCAUUUUUUGCAUUUCAUUUUCUUCCACGGUUCAGCUGAUGUUCCGGAAAAGAUAAUAAGGGCAAAUUAGCUUGUGACUGAGGCAGACAUUUCCUCUCCCCUCUUCCUGACCUACGUCUAUAUGCCAGCAAAGUGCAACACACCAGUUAUCCAAAGCCACUGGCUCCUGUGCAGUGUCAGAGAUUGCAGUCAUGAGUGGGACACUUGAGCUGUUCCUCUUGGCUUUGGGGGGAGCUUUCUAAGUACUCACUUUUACCCUGAGUCAGCCAGAAGGCUCAGUUACAAGACUGAACUUGCUUGCCUGGUUUGCGAGGAUCAUCGUUUAUGCUGUGUGUUUAGGAUAUUUGAUUUGCAGAUCCAAUAUGUCUGCAAAGCCUUCGGAAAAUGUUUGGUUUUAUUGUGACUGUGAUUUACAAUAUCCAGGACAUUUUACAAGGACCCAGGGACAUUGAUUUGGGUGUUCUUAUUUAUGGUAUGUGAGUGUGUAAACGGAUAGGGGAGAAAAGCCCCACCAUGUUCUUAUGUUGUUUUAAAUGUUUGCCAACUCUGAAAUAUCAGAGAUUAAUUGUUCUUAACCAUAUUGGACUGGAGUGUGUUGGUUAAUGUUAUUGUAAAAGAGACUGUUGGGAUAUUCAUUGUCGGAUGGGAUCCCCAAAAACCUGUGAUUUUCCUUGAGCAAGAUUGGUUUUUACUUUGGGGUGUUUUAAAAAUAUUUUUACAUACAUAUUUGUAAAAAGUUGGGGGUUUUUUCUGUUUGUUUUUGGAGUUUGGUUAAAUGACUUUUGUUUUUUGCCUGAUCUUAUUAAAGUGAGAGUUUUGCUAAGACAAGCAGAAAGAGGAGUAUAGUGUUGACUAGAUUUGGAGGCACAGCUAUUGGGCUUGAAUUUUCUAGAUUAAUCAAAAAAGACCUGGUUUGUGGCUUCGUACACUACUGUCAGGCAAGCAUUGAGUGGCUUGGCUCCUAGAAUUUUGUGGUUGGGUUUGGGUUUUGUUUUUUUUUUUUUUUCAUUUUUGAACUUUCAAAUGUUUUGACUUUUUAAAAAUGCUCUUAGGCCGUGUUUGAUGUAAUCCUUGUUCCUAAAACUGGCUGUUAUUAGUCUGCAAUCUAGUGCUUAGUUUUUUGUGCCUCUUCCAGGUGGGUGGCUCUCUGAGAUUACAUGAUAAUAUAAUUUUUGGGGAAAUCACAUUUUUGUCUUAUGCUGCAAUUGGGCAGAACUAUGUUUUUAUCUAAGCAUACCAUGUAUCAAGUAUAUAGACAGUACUUUAAAUGUUAUAAAUUUGGUGAUCAGAGAUCAGAACUAUUGAUAGCAUAAAUCUAGCUCAAAUGGAAGCAAAACUGAUUUCAUGUAGGUCAUGAAUUUUAUUUUGUGUUAAGAAGCACCCCUCACCCCCCAUGCAGGAAAGGUAUAAAGUGCACUGUCAUUUACAUGUUACCAGACUAAGGAUCAUUCUGUGUUCGUAAGAAAAAGGCCUCAAGUGACUCUAGAAUAAAGUCGGUUUAGUUUUGUGUAAUAAUGAUCUUAACACAUUCCCCAGGUCAAUGUUUGAAAUAUGGUAAUUCGGCGAUAAGUAUCUCUUCUAAAACAGCCAUAAACCUUCCCAUCUCCCACCCUCCUUUCUCUCAGCUCACCCCAGCUUUAUUGCGGGGGGCACAGGUUGCCAGCCCCCAGCCAGCACACCUGGGACGCUAACCCCACUGCGCAGCUUGGGAGGCAAGUCCUCACCUGCUUGCAAAGAGCCUUCUUCUCCAGUACAAGAAUCUGCUUGCCCGACUCCCCCCUCAGGGCUGUCAUUCAGUGGCUGGGGUAGGAUGCUGUCUCCUAUCUAGCUUCUGUUUACCACUCAUUCCCCCCACCGCCACCCUCAACACGAUCUUUCUCUUUUGGCCCAGUUCCUUCCCAUGGUAUUGUCAGAUGGCCUCAGGAGCCGCACUGAUGGAUUCUGUCAUUCUUCCACCAUCAGUAAAUAGGUCGGCACGCUUCAGAGAGUGACAGCUUUCUUAGGUGGAGACGUCACUGCAGCCUGACUUGCAGCUUGCCUUCAGACAGCCCGAUGUUAUGGUGACAAGUGGCCCCCAGUGCCAGUGUCCUUGCCCCAAAAGGACCAGCCACCUGUCCCAGACGCAGUUGCCUAGAAAUGGGGAAGCAACUUCAUUUUCAUUUAAUAUUUCUUCCUCCAAAUGCCUUGGGGAGCAUUUGCAAAUCGGGUAUCACAAAUAAGCUGGAGCAUAUAAAGAUAUAUAAUGAAUAAGCUUUCAAUAUUUCUUGAAAGAUAUAAAGCACUUGAGUGGGUUUUUUUUAAAAAAAUUCUUGUUAUGAGGGAGCUGUUGAGAAGUAAUAGAGCUAUGCAGUUCUCCAGAAAGGACAACAAUUUUAAGAGUCAAUGGUAGAAUUGAUUUUAUCUUUAAGAUUUCAUUUUAAUGGUGAUAAAACAGGAUACAUUUUUUAAAAUUGCAAAGUUUGAACUGUUAGGAGAAUGCUUGGUGGUUUUGAUCUUUGAAUAUCAUUUGCUUUUUAAAAACAAGCAUCAGUUGUAGUCACUUGGAUGUUAAAUGGGCUGCUUAUAAACCAAAAAAGUGUUUGUUCAAUUUUUCUUAGAAGUGUCCAUUUUCUGGGUCUUCCCUCUCAACGGACAGGGAAUGAAAACCUUGGUUGUCUUUCAUUUGUUUCAUUUUAUAAAAUUCCUCAACUGGGUGGAGACCUGGUGGCUCUUUGUUCUGGGGGGUUCCUGAUCAUGUCUCUCCUGACCAGGAUCACUGACAUUGGAGGUAAGAAGUUACAUGGAUAAUGGUAUCUUGUAGGGUCACCCAGAGACACUUUGGCAGCUUAUCUUAAUUUCCUGCAGUGGGAUGACACAUCUGGAACCGGAAGGACAGCUGUUGUUCCGGGCAGUUUUUCCGUGGCAUGGUUGGAAGCAUUGCAGCACACUUUGCAAAGCUACGAACAUCUUCACAGUCUUGUCGAUCGGUUCCUAGAGGCCACUGGGCCCCUGAGGACUUCGUGGAUGCAGCUGUGAUGUUUCGCUUUUACUUCAAUGUGAAUGUAGAACAGGGGACUCGUCUGCAUUUUUUGUGCCUCAAAGUGCCUUGUCAAGAAAUUUCUGCAUGUUUUUAAAAAAAGAAAUAUUUUUGUACACAAAGUUCAAGGGGAAAUGCACUUUAAAAUCACAAGAAUGGAUGUGUUUUUGUGUGUGGUAGAAGACAGUGGUUGGUUUGUAUCUCAGCAGCAAAAAUGUAAUAAAGGCAGUAAAAACAAAACCGAAACUGUCCUUCUAUUCUUAGAGCCUAGAGGAAGGGGCGAAAUAUUUAAAAAUCGAUUGGUUUCCACGUCUAGAUCUUAGGUUGCCAAAGAGAUAGAUCACAAUCAAAUGGCUGGGUUACAGGUGUCAGGCACAGGGGAAAGAGGUAAUUGCUUUAUAAGUUGUCUUGGCGGUGGAGGCUACUUGUAGCUGAGAAGGUAAGUGCUAGGGAAGAGAUACAGGGGCCAGGGUGGUUCUGCGCCCAUUUUGAAUGAUCCAAGGUCAAGUCAGGCUCUUCUUACCCUCUCACUUGCUCUUGAAGUGUAGUGCAGACAAAUGUAUUCAGACGGAAAGAAAGAAAACUGUAAGUGGCUGUCAUAGCUAUUUGAUCAAACAAACUCUGCACAGCAAAAUGAACCAGUUCCUGGUGGGAUAGUAGACAUUUUCUCCCUAAGUAACAUUUCCAGAGCUGUUUUAUUUCAAAGUUCAGAAAAAGGGAUACAGGAAGAGAGGCAAGUGAUGAACUGCCACCAGAUGUUCCGUGUCACUGAGCCCUCUGCCACGGGGAGUGGCUCUCCAGUAGAAAGGCAGAGCGUAUUAAAGUUUAGCAGUAUGGAUGCAAAAAAAGUGAGUUCCAUGCAUAAGUUUCUCAAGAUUUUUAAACACGUCUCACAAUUUGCAGUAACGCUGGUUUUUAUGAAUGUCUAUUUGAGAUUCAAUGCGGUUUUCAUAAUCAUUACCUCAUUGUAAGUUACGAGACCGACAUCUCAGGGACAUCUGGAGUAAAAAAACAAAAUUAAAAAAAAGAAAGACACUUCUCUAGAGCAAUGUCCUUGAAAUAGCAAAUAUCCGGCUCUGAAUAAUAAUAAUUCAGUUGAACAUUUGCUGCUCAUCUUCCACAAGGCAGUGCCAGGUGCUGUUUCAGCCCAACCCCUAUAAGGGACAUUCAUCUCUCUGGUAGGUGGUGGAGAGGUGCUGGAAGGUUCUGGAAGUCAGGAAGUCUGGGUUCUAUUCUGGUCCUAAUCUGAUACCCCUGUAGGCCACCCCGUCCCCUGCCAAUGGCUGUCCUGAAGGGGCCCCGAGUUUGUUUCGCAGGAACAAGGUGACCAUGGGCUCUGGCAGUGCCCUGAAUACUUUGGAGAGUUGGCCAACAUGUUCAUUUUUAAACGGCUUCUAAAUAUAAACUCUUGCGAGAA